AUGGGCCAUCAGUGCCACUGGUCUGUUCCAACGACAGUGGUGCUGGUGUAUCUGAGCAUUCUCAGAUCCAGCCGAAAAGGUAAUGGAAUUGCUACUCCUACAGCAGUGCAGAAACCGACUGAGUGA